GGACGAUUCGUAGCUCAAAUGUGUGAAACGACGGUGCACUGUUUGGAAGUAACAAAUGUGCAAAACAUUGAAACAUUCCACCAUCCCAUUGUGCUGGUGAAAGGAAAGAUUAGCAAUCGGUGCACGAACGCAAAACUAGAGAUAUGCAAUGCUCGAUUCGAAACUUGAUUCACAUAGCACAUUACUGCUCGGUGGCAGUGCUUGACACUGAGGGACGGCACUGUGACCCGUACCGCGGACACGCAUCCUGCGAUAACGAAAGCAACCAGCACUCCUAAACUGUUUUUGAUAAGUGGCGAAAAGGGUGUUGCUUGAUAAGAUUAAACAUUCCAAACCUACCGCUGGACCUGUAGUCGUCGGAAGAUCGCGUUCGAAGAUAGAAGCGCGCGAACCAGUUCGCUACCGUAGACCGGUUCCGACGCGCCUGAAGACGUGGUUCCCGUAGUAACCGGUGAGUUCUUGGACUGUUUGGUUCAGUUCGUUGUGCUAAUAGAAGCCGCGUUUUAAACACUCAAUAAAAAGUGACGAACGAUGAGUAGCGAAAACGAAACCGACCUAGCCGUUUGUGAGGCAAAGAUCCUCUUCCGCCAGCUGAAACCCUUUCCAACGAUCGACGAGACCAAUGGCUACAAAAUAGACACCCGACACUUCAUCGAAGCGUCGAAUCAGAUCAUAGAUGCCAUGGGAUGCUUUGGUAAACUUUUUUCCCCGGUCGUGAAAGACAUGAGACAAAAUGUACAGAAAGUUGCUGAUAAGUUCAAACAAAAUGAAACAUUGUUCAUGUACUUGGAGGAUUUAAUUCUUAAAGAUGCGAACGGCAAAGAUGUUCCGUUCGAUACGGUGACCGAUGGAUUACUGUGGCUCAAAAGGGCGUUUGAAAUGAUUGAAAUGUUCUUUCGCAACAUGCUGGCGGAUGAAACGCGUAGCGAACAGGUGAAACCGCACCUCCGGGAAGCGUACGAAACGUGUUUACUGCCGUAUCAUGGAUUUUUAGCCCAGAAAGCCUUUCAGCUGCUUCAUUUGUACGUUCCCAGUCGAACGUCGCUACUGGGCACAACGGAGACCAACGCGGACAAUUUGAUGGCGUUGAAGGAGUUUCUUGAGGGUUUCCGAGCAAAUUUAACCCACCUGAAUGAUUUCUACACGAAGCAUGACUUACAUAGAACUUACAAAGCGUAGAAUUUGUACUGCAAUAAAGAGGAAGUAUAUUUAUAUUUAA